AUGUCUGUCAGGAGUCCACCUAAUAUGAUGCCACGAAAUAAUUUGGAAGCCUCUACUUGUAAAAUGGCAGAGCCAUUUAAUUUUGAGAAAAAGGAAAGCAAGCUUCCACCCCACGAUUCUCUGAGAAGUCCUGUAGCACAGCAUAACCACCCCAAUUUCAGACUGAAAAGCCCAGAGAACGGAAAUAAAAAGAACAAUUUUCUGCUUUGUGAACAAAACAAACAAUAUUUAGCUAGUCAGGAAAACAAUUCGGUGGUCUCGUCAAACCCUGCUGGCAUCAAUGGAGAAGUAGGUGGGUCCAAAGGAGACAGGAAGACAUUGCCGACAGGAAACCCAGUAUCACCAUUAAGUCUUGGAAACAAUUCACCACCUAACCAAGUAAAAACUAAGCCCAGCAAUAAUGUGACUCCUGAAAAGUCAAAAAAAUCCCACAAGUUGUUUGAGAAUGCCUUGUCCGUAAAUAAUCCAGCACUCUUCAACUCUUUAGGACCACCCCUUCGGUCAACAACCUGCCACCGCUGUGGCCUGUUUGGGUCCCUGAGGUGUUCCCAGUGCAAGCAGACGUACUACUGCUCCACGGCGUGCCAGAGGAGAGACUGGUCUUCCCACAGCACCGUCUGUAGACCUGUACAGCAGAGUUUGCACAAGCUUGAAGAUAAUAAAUCACCAUUUGAAACAAAGACCAUUGAAGUGAAGAAUGAGGUUGAUUGUCCCCUGGGAGUUACUAAAGAAAUGACAGCUGGUGCUGAGAGAAUAAUGUUCUCUGAGCUGAGAAGUCUCCAACUCAAGAAAACCAUGGAAAUAAAGGGUACAGUUACUGAGUUCAAGCACCCGAGUAACUUUUAUGUCCAGUUGUAUUCUUCGGAAGUUCUAGAAUACAUGAACCAACUCUCCACAAGCUUGAAAGAGGCAUAUGCAAAUAUGGUGCCUGAAGAGGGUUAUCUUCCUAUUAAGGGGGAAGUUUGUGUUGCCAAAUACACAGUUGAUCAGACCUGGAACAGAGCUGUAAUACAAGAUGUUGAUGUGCUGCAGAAGAAGGCACAUGUCUUAUACAUUGACUAUGGAAACGAAGAGAUAAUUCCAAUAGACAGAAUUCACCAGCUAAGCAGAGGCAUUGACUUGUUUCCUCCUUCCGCUAUAAAGUGCUAUGUGUCAGGAGUUGUCCCCACCACGGGCAAGUGGAGUGAGGACUGUGUCGCUGCUGUCAAAGCCCUGCUGUUGGAGCAGUACUGCUCCAUCAGGGUCGUGGACAUCUCAGAGGAGCAGGUGAUCACCUGUGCCGUCGACGUUGUGCUACAGAGUUCAGGAAAACAGCUGGACCAUGUGCUUGUGGAAAUGGGAUAUGGUGUGAAACCCAGUGAGCAGAGCACCAAGAAGCAAAGUGUGGACCACAGUGCUUCAGAGGACGGUGGAGGAGUGACAACUGAGAACAAGAUUGUGACAGACAGAAAUACCCUGAUCCCCAAAGUGCUGACUUUGAAUGUGGGUGAUGAGUUCUGUGGCGUGGUUGCCCACAUCCAGACACCAGAAGACUUCUUUUGUCAGCAGCUGCAGAGCGGCCACAAGCUUGCUGAGCUUCAGGAAUCCCUCAGUGAAUACUGUGGGCACGUGACUCCACGCUCUGACUUUUACCCAACCAUUGGGGAUGUGUGUUGUGCUCAGUUCUCAGAGGAUGAUCAGUGGUAUCGCGCGUCAGUUUUGGCCUACGCUUCUGAAGAAUCUGUCCUGGUGGGAUAUGUCGACUAUGGAAACUUUGAGAUUCUUAGUUUGAAAAGACUUUGUCCCAUAAUUCCAAAGUUGUUGGAUUUGCCAAUGCAAGCUGUAAAUUGUGUGCUGGCAGGAGUGAAGCCAUCAUUAGGAAUUUGGACUCCAGAAGCUAUUUGUGUCAUGAAAAAGAUUGUACAGAACAGAAUGGUCACAGUGAGAGUGGUGGGCAUGCUGGGCACCAGGGCCCUGGUGGAGCUCACAGACAGGUCGGUGGCUCCUCACGUCAGCGCGUCUAAAGCUCUCAUAGACUCAGGCUUUGCUGUGGAGGAAAAGGACUUAGUGGCAGAAAAAGGCAGCAGUAUGCACGCAGCCAGCGUUCCCUUGGCCAUGGAAGGAACAGCAGAGGCGUUGGAGUGGACAUGGGUUGAGUUCACUGUUGAUGAGACGGUGGAUGUGAUGGUCUGCGUGAUGUACAGCCCAGGGGAGUUCUAUUGCCACUUUCUUAAAGACGACGCCUUAAAGAAGCUUGAGGACUUAAAUAAGUCCUUAGCGGACUACUGUGCACACAAGCUGCCCAAUGGCUUUAAGGCCGAGAUAGGACGGCCCUGCUGUGCCUUUUUCGCAGGUGACGGCAACUGGUACCGGGCUCUAGUCAAGGAGAUCUUACCGAGUGGGAAUGUUAAAGUCCACUUUGUGGAUUACGGAAAUGUUGAGGAAGUUACCACAGACCAACUCCAGGCGAUAUCACCACAGUUCUUACUACUUCCAUUUCAGGGGAUGCAGUGCUGGCUAGUAGAUAUACAGCCCCAAAACAAGCAUUGGACAAAAGAAGCCACAGCAAGAUUUCAAGCGUGUGUUGCAGGGCUCAAACUCCAAGCCAGAGUUGUGGAAAUCACCGAGAACGGGGUGGGCGUUGAACUCACCGAUCUUUCCACUCCUUAUCCCAAAAUCAUUAGUGAUGUUCUCAUCACAGAAAAUUUGGUCUUAAGAUGUGGUUCACCACAGAAGGAUGCACUGAUGAGCAGACCUGCUGAUAAACAUGACCAGAUGGACAGCCAGAGGGUGCAAGCCAGCCCUUCAGCAGAGCAGUGGAAGACGAUAGAGUUGCCAGUUAACAAGACUGUAGCAGCGAAUGUACUAGAGAUCAUCAGCCCAGCCUUGUUUUAUGCCAUGCCCAGUGAGAUGCCAGAAAAUCAAGAGAAGCUAUGUGUGUUAACAGCUGAAUUGUUAGAACACUGUAACGCCCAGAAAGGCCAGCCAUCCUACAGACCACGGACAGGAGAAGCGUGCUGUGCUAAAUAUACAAAUGAUGACUUCUGGUACCGGGCCAUUGUUCUGGAAACGUCAGACUGUGAUGUGAAAGUUCUCUACGCAGAUUAUGGAAACAUCGAAACACUGCCUCUUUCCAGAGUACAACCCAUCAUGGCCAGACACUUUGAGCCGCCCUUCCAGAUCAUUAGAUGCUCACUCGAGGGGCUGAUGGAGCUGAAUGGAAGCUGUUCACAGUUGGUGCUGGAGCUGCUGAGGAAUGCCAUGCUGAACCAGAGUGUGUUUCUCUCUGUGAGAGCAAUUUCACAGAAUAUCCACACAGUGUCAGUCGAAAAGUGUUCUGAGAAUGGAAUGAUCAAUAUAGCUGAGAAUCUGGUGAUGUGUGGUCUGGCAGAAAACCUCACAUCUAAAAGGAAAAGUGCUUCAACUAAAGAGACUCCACACAGCACAGAUUGCUGCUGCACAGAGUUACAGAAACAGAUUGAGAAACACGAACAGAUUCUCCUCUUCCUAUUAAACAAUCCAACCAACCAAAAUAAAUUUAUAGAGAUGAAAAAGCUGCUGAAAAAAACAUCAUCUCUGGGAAAUAAACCCUGA